AUGGAACAAAACAAUGAAACAUAUGGGGGAGAGUUUAUUUUGCUUGGAUUCUCAGACCAGCCUCAAUUGGAGGCCAUCCAUUUUGUGGUCAUUUUGAUAUCCUAUCUUUUGACCCUCCUGGGCAACACAGCCAUUAUCCUGGUCUCCUGCCUGGACUCCAAACUUCACACACCUAUGUAUUUCUUCCUCACAAAUCUCUCAUUUCUUGACUUUUGCUUAGCUACCAGCAUCGUCCCCCAGUUAUUGUGGAACCGAAGACCAGCCAAGACCAUCACAUCAACAGGCUGUGCCAUACAACUCUAUGUGUCCCUCUCACUAGGUUCCACUGAGUGUGUUCUCCUGACCAUCAUGGCCUUUGAUCGCUAUGUAGCAGUCUGCAGACCUCUCAAUUACACCAGUGUUAUGCACCCAUCAUUUUGUAAGUCCUUAGCAGGAAUAGCCUGGCUGUGUGGAGUAGGAAACACUCUUAUCCAAGGAACCAUCACCCUUCGCCUUCCUCGCUGUGGACAUCACCGUGUGCACAACUUCUUAUGCGAAGUGCCUGCCAUGAUCAAUUUGUCCUGCACUGACAUCCAUACAAAUGAAAUCCAGCUUUCUGUGGCCACAUUAGUUCUCCUUCUUCUUCCUGUGGCAUUGAUAUUGGUCUCUUAUGGAUUCAUCGUGCAGGCAGUGGCAAAAAUUAAGUCAUCCCAAGCUUGGCGUAGGGCUCUAGGGACCUGUGGUUCCCAUCUGCUGGCAGUGUCCCUCUUCUUUGGGACCAGCUCAGCCAUAUACAUUCAACCAAAGAGAUUCUAUGGCCAUAGCCAGAGGGAGUUCCUUACACUCUUCUACACUGUUGUAACUCCCACCCUCAACCCCCUCAUAUAUACUCUGAGGAACAAGGAUGUGAAAGGAGCCUUGAGAAGGAUGCUGAGAAUAGAACAAAAUUCCUAA